AUGGGCGACAAUUGCAUUGACCAAGCAGUCGAUGGCAACAAUCCAUUUGCGCGGUUCGCACGGGGUAGAUCCGUGGUAUUUGUAGGAGAGGACGCCACCUCCAAGGAUUCAGAGAAGCGCAUUUGUCCUGAAACCAGCAGUCCGUCGUGCAAACGGCGACGAAAACACUCGGCAGCUGCAGACGCGCCAGCCAGCACCACUCACCUCUCCGUCGAGUCUAGGAUGCAAGUAUUGCAUCGACUUCGAGAAAUCCGUCGAGAUGGAGGUGCACCUGUUGACGAGUUUGGCACUGACCAUAUAGUGGACUCGACUGCGCCGCCAAAGUGCCAACGGCUGCAUGCGUUGCUUGGCGCGUUGCUAAGCACGCAGACCAAGGACGAGAUCACGGCCGCAGCCAUGCGUCGACUGUUGCAACAACCGGAUGGGCUGACCGUUGCGACGCUUCGAGCCAUGGCCACAGACGUCCUGGCGGACCUCUUGAGCCCUGUGGGUUUCCACUCCACGAAGGCACGACAGAUCAAAGCCAUCGCCGACAUUUUGCACGCGAGUUACAACGACGACGUUCCUGCGACCUUGACCGAACUGAUGGCCCUGCCUGGAAUCGGUCCAAAAGUGGCGCGGCUGACGCUCUUGGUGGCGUGGAAUAUCGUGGACGGCAUCAUCGUCGACACCCAUGUGCAGCGCAUUGCCAAGCGUCUUGGGUGGGCAGGGAAAGGUAAGGACGGCCGAGCGACCGCCGAAGCGACCCGGAAGGAACUGGAAGACUGGAUUCCCAAGGAUAUAUGGGGCGACGUGUCCAAGAUGAUGAUUGGGUUUGGGCAGCUCACGUGCUCGGCAGUCAAGCCCAAGUGCGCGUCGUGCCCUCUGGCCGCCAUGUGCCCUUCUCGGCAGCAGGCAUGACGAUGUAAAUUCACAAAAACGAAACAAAUUGCA